UUUUUCUAAGGAAUUCAAUUCUCUUCUCGUUCUGAUUCUCACCAAGCCCGCUUUAUUAGUGUCAGAACCUCCUUUUCUUUUCUUCCUCCGUAGAUCUCUCCCUAUUUUUGCUUUAGAGGUCCAACUUGCUUCCAGAUCUCGCACCGAUUUGUAUCACUCUUUUGACUCUUCUUCCUCUUCCAAUUCAAUCGCCGCUGCAGAUCUCACUCUUCCAUCCUAGCCGUCAUGGCGGCCGCUAACGCUCCGAUCGCCAUGAGAGAAGCUCUCACUUUGCCGAGCAUUGGCAUAAAUCCGCAGUUCAUCACGUUCACGCAUGUGACGAUGGAGUCCGAUAAGUAUAUAUGCGUUCGAGAAACGGCUCCGCAGAAUAGUGUGGUUAUCGUUGAUAUGAACAUGCCGAAUCAGCCUUUGAGGAGGCCUAUUACUGCAGAUUCCGCUCUUAUGAAUCCCAAUUCCAGAAUCCUUGCCUUGAAAGCUCAACUCCAAGGAACAACUCAAGAUCACCUACAAAUUUUUAACAUUGAAAUGAAAGCGAAGAUGAAAUCCUAUCAGAUGCCCGAGCAGGUGGUCUUUUGGAAAUGGAUUACCCCCAAGUUGUUGGGUCUUGUGACACAAACCUCUGUAUACCAUUGGUCAAUUGAAGGUGACUCAGAACCUGUCAAGAUGUUUGAGAGAACAGCGAAUUUAGCAAACAAUCAAAUAAUUAAUUAUCGAUGUGAUCCUUCAGAAAAAUGGUUGGUCUUGAUUGGUAUUGCUCCAGGUUCCCCUGAGAGGCCACAACUGGUUAAAGGAAACAUGCAGCUCUUUUCUGUGGAUCAACAACGAAGCCAGGCUCUUGAAGCGCAUGCUGCAUCAUUUGCUCAAUUUAAAGUUCCUGGAAAUGAAAAUCCUUCUAUUUUGAUUUCUUUUGCCACUAAGACACUUAAUGCUGGUCAAAUUAUAUCCAAGUUGCAUGUUAUUGAGCUGGGUGCUCAGCCAGGGAAGCCAUCGUUUACAAAGAAACAAGCUGACCUUUUCUUUCCCCCAGAUUUUGCUGAUGAUUUUCCAGUUGCCAUGCAGAUAUCCCACAAAUACAGUUUGAUUUAUGUGAUUACGAAACUUGGUCUCCUAUUUGUCUAUGAUUUGGAAACUGCUACUGCUGUAUAUAGGAACAGAAUUAGUCCUGAUCCUAUAUUUUUGACAUCAGAAGCUACAUCAGUUGGAGGCUUUUAUGCUAUUAACAGGAGAGGCCAAGUGUUAUUGGCUACUGUUAAUGAGCAAACGAUUGUGAAUUUUGUCAGUGGUCAACUAAACAAUUUGGAGCUAGCGGUUAAUCUUGCCAAGCGAGGAAAUCUUCCCGGUGCUGAGAAAUUGGUGGUUGAACGAUUCCAUGAACUGUUUGCCCAAACAAAGUAUAAAGAAGCAGCUGAGCUUGCAGCGGAGUCUCCACAAGGAAUCCUUCGCACUCCUGAUACAGUUGCAAAAUUUCAGAGUGUUCCUGUACAAGCUGGGCAAACUCCUCCACUAUUGCAGUAUUUUGGAACACUUCUGACAAGAGGAAAGCUGAAUGCCUUUGAGUCAUUAGAAUUGUCAAGGCUGGUAGUAAACCAGAACAAGAAAAACCUUUUGGAGAACUGGUUGGCAGAGGACAAGCUUGAAUGCAGUGAGGAACUGGGAGAUCUUGUAAAGACUGUGGAUAAUGAUCUUGCUUUAAAAAUAUACAUCAAAGCCAGAGCAACUCCAAAAGUUGUUGCUGCUUUUGCUGAGAGAAGGGAAUUUGACAAGAUUCUAAUAUACUCUAAGCAGGUUGGCUACACACCUGACUAUCUCUUCCUUUUGCAAACAAUUCUCCGAUCAGAUCCUCAGGGUGCUGUUAAUUUUGCAUUAAUGAUGUCGCAAAUGGAGGGAGGUUGUCCAGUUGAUUAUAACACCAUAACUGAUUUAUUUCUUCAGAGAAAUCUGAUCCGUGAGGCAACUGCCUUUCUCCUAGAUGUUCUGAAACCAAAUCUACCAGAACAUGGGUUCCUUCAAACUAAGGUGUUGGAGAUAAAUCUGGUUACUUUCCCUAAUGUUGCAGAUGCAAUUUUGGCUAAUGGCAUGUUCAGUCAUUAUGACCGUCCUCGUAUUGCCCAACUUUGUGAAAAAGCCGCUCUUUAUGUGCGAGCUUUGCAACAUUACACAGAGUUGUCAGAUAUAAAACGUGUGAUUGUGAAUACACAUGCAAUUGAGCCACAGUCACUUGUUGAAUUUUUUGGCACUCUAUCACGAGAAUGGGCAUUAGAGUGCAUGAAAGACUUAUUGCUAGUCAAUCUUAGAGGCAACCUGCAGAUUAUUGUGCAGGUUGCCAAAGAAUAUUGUGAUCAGUUGGGCAUUGAUGCCUGCAUAAAGAUUUUUGAGCAAUUCAGGUCAUAUGAAGGGCUGUAUUUUUUCCUGGGAUCAUAUUUGAGCUCCAGUGAGGAUCCUGACAUUCACUUUAAGUACAUUGAGGCAGCAGCGAAGACUGGUCAAAUCAAAGAGGUUGAGCGUGUGACUAGAGAAUCAAGUUUCUAUGAUGCUGAGAAAACAAAGAACUUUCUAAUGGAGGCUAAGCUUCCCGAUGCACGACCUCUGAUUAAUGUUUGUGACCGAUUUGGAUUUGUUCCAGAUCUGACACACUAUCUAUACACAAGCAACAUGCUUCGCUACAUUGAAGGUUAUGUUCAGAAGGUGAACCCAGGGAAUGCUCCUUUAGUCGUUGGGCAGCUUUUAGAUGAUGAGUGUCCAGAAGAUUUUAUCAAAGGCUUGAUCCUCUCUGUUCGUUCCUUACUGCCGGUGGAGCCCCUUGUGGAGGAGUGUGAGAAGAGGAAUCGGCUUCGAUUGCUCACACAGUUUUUGGAACAUCUUGUAAGCGAGGGAAGCCAGGAUGUACAUGUUCACAAUGCACUGGGUAAAAUAAUCAUUGAUAGCAACAAUAAUCCGGAACAUUUUCUCACUACCAACCCAUACUAUGAUUCUCGAGUUGUGGGCAAAUAUUGUGAGAAACGUGAUCCCACCUUAGCAGUUGUAGCUUAUAGGCGUGGACAAUGUGAUGAUGAACUUAUCAAUGUGACAAACAAAAAUUCUUUGUUUAAACUACAAGCAAGAUAUGUUGUUGAGCGGAUGGAUGCUGAUCUUUGGGACAAAGUUCUUAACCCUGAUAAUUCCUAUAGAAGGCAACUUAUUGAUCAGGUUGUAUCUACAGCUCUUCCUGAAAGCAAGAGCCCUGAACAAGUAUCUGCUGCUGUUAAGGCUUUCAUGACUGCUGAUCUACCUCAUGAAUUGAUCGAGCUUCUUGAGAAGAUUGUCCUUCAGAAUUCUGCAUUCAGUGGCAACUUUAAUCUGCAGAAUCUACUUAUUUUAACAGCAAUAAAGGCUGAUCCAUCCAGAGUUAUGGAUUAUAUUAAUAGACUGGAUAAUUUUGAUGGGCCUGCAGUGGGAGAAAUGGCUGUUGAGGCUCAAUUAUAUGAGGAAGCAUUUGCAAUUUUCAAGAAGUUCAACUUAAAUGUCCAGGCAGUCAAUGUCUUGUUAGACAAUAUUCGUAGCAUUGAUAGAGCUGUGGAGUUUGCUUUCCGAGUUGAAGAAGAUACUGUUUGGAGUCAGGUGGCCAAGGCUCAACUAAGGGAAGGACUAGUAAGUGAUGCCAUUGAGUCCUUUAUACGAGCAGACGAUACUACACAAUUUUUGGAUGUUAUCCGUGCUGCUGAAGAUGCCAAUGUUUACCAUGACCUGGUGAGAUACUUGCUGAUGGUUCGGCAGAAGACUAAAGAACCCAAGGUGGACAGUGAGCUCAUUUAUGCAUAUGCAAAGAUUGAUAGGCUAAGUGACAUUGAGGAGUUCAUUCUUAUGCCAAAUGUAGCCAAUCUUCAAAAUGUUGGUGACCGAUUGUAUGAUGAAGAACUAUAUGAAGCUGCCAAAAUCAUAUUUGCCUUUAUAUCUAACUGGGCCAAGUUAGCAGUUACACUUGUGAAGUUGAAACAGUUCCAAGGUGCAGUUGAUGCAGCAAGGAAAGCUAACAGUGCAAAAACAUGGAAGGAAGUUUGCUUUGCCUGUGUUGAUGCAGAGGAGUUCCGUUUGGCCCAGAUAUGUGGGCUUAACAUUAUUAUUCAGGUGGAUGACUUGGAAGAGGUCAGUGAAUAUUACCAAAAUAGAGGUUGCUUCAACGAGCUAAUAUCCCUCAUGGAGAGUGGUUUAGGUUUAGAACGGGCACAUAUGGGUAUCUUCACUGAGUUGGGAGUUCUAUAUGCUAGAUAUCGUCCUGAGAAGCUUAUGGAACAUAUCAAACUAUUUGCAACCCGGCUCAACAUUCCAAAGCUUAUAAGAGCUUGUGACGAACAACAACAUUGGAAGGAGCUGACCUAUUUGUACAUUCAAUAUGACGAGUUUGAUAAUGCUGCAACAACCAUCAUGAACCAUUCACCUGAAGCAUGGGAUCAUAUGCAAUUCAAAGAUGUUGUCGUCAAAGUUGCUAAUGUUGAGUUGUAUUACAAGGCCGUUCAUUUCUAUUUACAAGAACAUCCUGAUCUUAUCAAUGAUGUUCUGAAUGUCCUUGCUCUCCGUGUUGAUCAUGCACGUGUUGUUGACAUCAUGCGAAAGGCUGGUCAUCUCCGUCUUGUCAAGCCAUACAUGGUUGCAGUUCAGAGUAACAAUGUGUCUGCUGUUAAUGAAGCCCUGAAUGAAAUAUAUGUCGAGGAGGAAGACUAUGAUAGAUUGCGCGAGUCAAUUGAUUUGCAUGAUAACUUUGACCAAAUAGGCCUUGCACAGAAGAUUGAAAAGCAUGAGCUUCUUGAGAUGAGGCGUGUUGCUGCUUACAUUUACAAGAAGGCAGGUAGAUGGAAGCAGUCCAUUGCAUUGUCUAAAAAGGAUAACCUUUACAAAGAUGCCAUGGAGACAGCUUCACAAUCUGGUGACCGUGAACUUGCUGAGGAGUUGCUUGUUUAUUUCAUUGAUCAGGGAAAGAAAGAAUGCUUUGCCUCGUGUCUAUUUGUUUGCUAUGAUUUGAUCCGGGCAGACAUUGCUAUCGAGUUGGCCUGGGUGAACAACAUGAUUGACUUUGCCUUCCCAUAUCUCUUGCAGUUUAUCCGCGAGUACACCGGCAAAGUUGAUGAACUGGUGAAGGACAAGAUUGAAGCUCAGAACCAAGUGAAGGCUAAAGAGCAAGAAGAGAAGGAAGUAAUUGCACAACAGAAUAUGUAUGCUCAGUUGUUGCCUCUUGCUUUGCCCGCACCACCAAUGCCUGGAAUGGGAGGAGGCUUUGCCCCUCCCCCUCCAAUGGGUGGAUUGGGGAUGCCUCCAAUGCCCCCUUUCGGUAUGCCACCCAUGGGCAGCAGCUACUGA